UUAAGUUUCGUUUUCCAGACUACCAGCUGCUGGUGCAUGAUAAAUACAGAGACUUCCUACAGAGCGACACACAAGUCAAACGUUGACUCAUUUAGUCUACCAGAAGCUCAUCGAAAAUCUGAUCAACAAACAUGAGGAGAUCUACAGACUGGGUUGCUCCUUUGUGGACAGAGACGUUUGAGGAGUUGCUCUCUGAUGACAAUGAGCUGGACUAUGGAGACGAAUGGAUUCUUAACUUUGACUACAGGCAAACAGACAAACUAACCACAGAGGAGAAGAAGAGAGGCUGGAAGAUCUGCUGCCACAAUGCCCAUGCAAAUUUCAGGUGUGCAUCCUGCAGAAACACCUGGCCGUCAGCACGGGUGGUGGUGUUGUUCCGUUACCGGCUACGACGUGACCGGGGGACAGUGCUCAUGCGGCCCUUCGGACAGGCCUGUCGACAGUGCCAAGACGAUAGGUAUGUUCUCCCUGGUUUUUCAAACGAGGAAGUGGAACGUGCACUGCUCAACCUGUGUGCCAAAAUCCGGAAGAACUGCUAUGGAGAGGACAAUGAUGAUGGCCCAUCAGCACCAUCUAACGAGAGGUGGACCAAACCGCAUGAGGCGGCCCUGUGUCAAGCUUGCCACAUGGGCAUUUGCCGCCAGGGUGACAAAUAGAAGAGAGAGAGUGUGUGUGAGUGAGUGAUGAAGAAAGACACUGACAGGUUGGCUGAGAUGCCCUUUGCAGUUUGCACAUGCCCCUUUUUUCCUAAUAAUUUAAAGUUGGCUAAUUUUCUUGUUAUAGCCUUACAGUUAAUGUUGUACUAUGGCAUUUUAUUUACCAUCAACACCAAUAAUAAAACUGUUCUGGCUAUUUUUUAAUUUAUAAAGAUUUUGGACUUGAAUUUUUGUUUUUGUUACUAAUAAAGUCUUAAGUUUGUUCA